AUGGUCUCAGGGACCCUGGUGGUGAUGACUAGACCUCCCAAUGGCCCCCUAGGGACACCGGUGGUGAUGACUAGACCUCCCAAUGAUCCCCCAGGGACACCGGUGGUGAUGACUAGACCUCCCAAUGAUCCCCCAGGGACACCGGUGGUGAUGACUAGACCACCCAAUGAUCCCCCAGGGACACCGGUGGUGAUGACUAGACCUCCCAAUGAUCCCCCAGGGACACCGGUGGUGAUGACUAGACCUCCCAAUGAUCCCCCAGGGACACCGGUGGUGAUGACUAGACCUCCCAAUGAUCCCCCAGGGACACCGGUGGUGAUGACUGGACCUCCCAAUGAUCCCCCAGGGACACCGGUGGUGAUGACUAGACCUCCCAAUGAUCCCCCAGGGACACCGGUGGUGAUGACUAGACCUCCCAAUGAUCCCCCAGGGACACCGGUGGUGAUGACUAGACCUCCCAAUGGUCCCCCAGGGACACCGGUGGUGAUGACUAGACCUCCCAAUGGUCCCAGGGACACCGGUGGUGAUAACUGGACCUCCCAAUGGUCCAGUUCCAGUCCAGAUAACUGGACCUCCCAAUGGGAGGUCUAG